AUGGGGUUGGGAUGCAUCCACCCUGCCCUGUCUCCCAUCCCUCUUCUGCCCCGCAGGACACUCUGCCUGCUCUUGGUCAGCCUGGAGCUGGCCAUCGGCUUCACUCUGGCUGCUGCGGUGCUCUACGCCUCCUGGUUCGACCCCGAGCUCUUCUACCGCCUGCUGUUGCGUGUGCUGUGUGAGGAGACCUACGUCGACCUGGCGUAUGCACUGGGAAAGAUCCUCCCCGUGAUCGCAGAGCUGGAGAAGCGGCUGGCGCAGCUGGAGGCGACGGUGCGGUGCGAGCCCGAGAGCCAGCACCCGCUGUCGGUCGGGCUGAAGGGCACCAGCCUCAUGGAGACCCUGCAGCUCGUGCAGGCCAAGGUCAACGUCCUGGACGUGGCCGUGCUGGACCAAGUGGAGGCCCGGCUGCAGAGCGUCCUGGCGAAGGUGAAUGAAAUUGCCAAACACAAGGCAACUGUGCAAGAUGCCGACACUCAGAGCAAGAUCCACCAGAUCUAUGAGACGAUGCAGCGCUGGGACCCCGUGGCCAGCACCCUGCCCGACGUUGUGCAGAGGCUGGUGACCUUGCGGGACCUGCACGAGCAAGCCACACAGUUCGGGCAGGUCCUCGUGCACUUGGACACCACGCAGCAGGAGGCGGCUGGGGCUCUCAAGGACAACAGCGUGCUGCUGGCGGAGCUCCAGAAGACAAUGAAGGAGAACCUGGCCAUCGUAGAGGAGAACUUUGCGGAGAUAGACGCCCGCAUCAAGCGGCUGCAGAAGUGAGAGCACCCUGGAGACCCCCCGCACCGGGCAUCCCUGCCCCCCCCAGGCCCUGUGACCCCCUGGGAAUCACUCCCUGCCCCCGCAGGUACCAGCCCCUGCUUGUAUAUACCCUGGCUCUGCCCCGCUGCAGAGCAUGGGGGCUGGAGGGGUCCUCCCCACCCCUCCCUUCCCACCUCGCGGGGGGGGUGUCUCUGGGCCCCCCCGAUUUACCCCAAUAAACAGCUCAGCUCCACACGCAUGCGUGUCGGCA